AUGAAAUUUUGAUGGUGAUUAAUGAAUCUUUUUGUGAAAUGAAGGAAAACCCAGAUAGGGUUUUUGACAAUUGUGUUUUAUACUAGUUAGGUUAAAGUUUUUUCUUUUUGGUGUGAGUAAUUAUAGUGAAUAUUUUGUUAAUGGGCAUCUGGGGUGGGAUCCAAAGUAUUGGAUUCUGAGUGAGUGAGUGAGUGCUUGGUGCUUUUUCUUUUAAAGGGAACCUAAAAUGAUUUGAAUUGCUUGGGAUUUUUCUUACUUGAGGUUGAAGUUUGGAAUUAAUCACAAAAGGCCUAAAGUGCCAUAAAAUGUGAGUUUGCUUACUUUUCUCCUCAUUAAGCUAUUUUCCUUAUGGAGUUAUAGGGGUAUAUCGGGCCAGUUUGUUUCAGCUUUAAUCGGAUCAGAAGAGAUUAUUUGAGUUCCUUUAAUCUUUAGUACUAUAUAAUUGGGAUGAUGUGUGUGGGACAAGGUCAUGGUCGGUUGUUGAUAUGAUAUGUGUUUGUUUGAAUAGGCACGGUUUUCGAUUGUAUUGCUGGUAAACUUUGGUCCCGAGAAUUUCCUACAGUACAACUGUCAUAUUUCUGAGGAAUGUGGUUGCCUUGUAGAUGAGGAUCAUGCAUUUAAUUAUGGAAUGUCCUCUGUUUUGGUGGAGCCAAACUGUAUGUAUGAUAUGGUCGAGUGUUGACUUUAGUACUUUGUAUGAGUGCAGCUACAACAACAUUACUUUCCUCGUGUCCAGAAUCGUAAAGAUUUCUUCUGGUCAUAUUGUUUUAUGUUUUAGUUCUAUAGUCAAUAUUCAACAAAAUCAGAUUUUGAUCAGCUGCAUAAAUUUUUUUGUAUGAUAAGUAGUAGCUUUAUUGACUGCUUGAUGGUUGGAAAAGAAGAGCAAUCAUUGCCAUAUUUACUGUUUUUGCAAGGGGGACCUGGGUUUGAGUGCCGACCACCAACUGAAUCUAGUGGAUGGAUUCAUAAAGUUUGUGAGCAGUUCCGUCUCAUCUUAAUGGAUCAGCGAGGAACAGGCUUAUCAACUCCUUUGUCUGUGUCAUCAAUGUCACAGUUCAAGUCUGCAGUUGACUUAGCUGACUUCUUGAAGUAUUUUCGAGCUGAUAGUAUAGUAAAUGAUGCAGAGUUUAUUCGUGUUCGCUUAGUUCCAAAUGCUGGACCUUGGACCAUUUUGGGACAGAGUUACGGUGGGUUUUGUGCGGUCACAUAUUUGAGUUUUGCGCCACAAGGACUGCAGCAAGCUCUUAUGACAGGUGGAAUUCCUCCGAUUGGAGAUGGCUGCACUGCAGAUUCGGUAUACAGAGCAAGCUUUGAGCAAGUUAAACAUCAAAACGAGAAGUACUACAAAAGAUACCCUCAGGAUAUUAAAAUUGUUCAAGAACUUGUUAGUUAUUUAGCUGAACAAGAAGGAGGAGGGGUAGCUCUUCCUUCUGGAGGCAUCUUAACCCCAAGAGGGUUGCAGACUCUUGGGCUCUCUGGCUUAGGAUCUAGUUCUGGUUUCGAGAACCUGCACUAUAUGUUUGAGAGAGUGUGGGAUCCAACUUUAGUUCCAGGAUCACCUAAGAAAAUAAGCCACUACUUCCUAAAUGCUUUUGAAAGCUCGAUAAGUGUUGAUACUAAUCCAUUGUAUGCUCUUCUACAUGAAUCUAUAUAUUGUCAGGGUUCUUCUAGUAGAUGGUCUGCCAGCAGAAUAAGGACUGAAGCCGAUGAAAAAUUCGACGCAAUUAAAGCUGCUAGAGAAGGACUCCCUGUAUAUUUUACCGGAGAGAUGAUUUUCCCAUGGAUGUUUGAUGAGAUUCAUGCCUUGAAACCAUUCAAAGAAGUAGCUCAUAUAUUGUCCGAGAAGAAGGAUUGGCCCCGAUUAUAUGACUCCAAGGCUCUUAAUAACAACAAGGUACCUGUUGCAGCCGCCGUUUACUAUGAAGACAUGUAUGUGAAUUUUAACCUUUCGAAGGAAACAGCUUCUCAAAUAGCAGGGAUCAGACUAUGGAUAACUAAUGAGUUCAUGCAUUCUGGCUUGCGUGAUGAUGGGAACAAAGUUCUUGAUCAUUUGUUGGGAAUGUUAAAUGGAAAGAAACCAUUAUUUUGAUCACCAUUUCUACUCCCUAACAAUGUUUUUUUUUAUUAUCAUAAGCUGCCUAGCCUUUUGAGUUUUGAACCUUUUAUUUUCUUCUGAAUUUUUAGAGUUCAGUUCUUCAUAUAAAAUUAUAAGAAACUAUUGUAUUUGCUGAAAUAAUGUCAGGUUGGCAUCAGUUGUACAUUAUAUAACAUUUUCGGUGUAUUUUUUCUGGAGAAGUAAAAUAUUUUAAAAGCUUGAUGUCAGACUUUUUA